GCCUGAUUCCUCUCACGGUCAAAGCCACCACACCAUAGAUUCUAUGGCAACUUUGCCACCUCCACUAUAUAAAUUUAGGUCCGUCCUUCACUUUCUCCUUGCCUUACAAACUUUAACUUGGCGAAACCCUAUAUAUAUUAUACCCUCAUUUUCUCAUUCUUUUGCUUCAGACACCAUUCUUGCUUUUGCCUUUCUUACAUUUACAUAUCCAUUUUCUCAACUUCUUAAAUUUUAUCGAUGGCCCGUGGGAUAAAAUCACAAUACUUGGUACUUCUAUCAUUUGGUUUAUUGAUCAUAGUUACAAACUCCAAGAAUUUUGUUAAUGGAAAGCCACAAGUUCCUUGCUAUUUCGUUUUUGGAGAUUCAUUAGUUGAUGGAGGCAACAAUAACGACCUUAACACAGCUUCUAAAGUCAACUACUCACCUUAUGGUAUUGACUUUCCUCAUGGUCCGACAGGAAGGUUCACCAAUGGCCGAACCGUCGCUGAUAUAAUUGGUGAACUUUUAGGAUUUCAGAAUUUCAUCCCAUCGUUUUUAGCAGCUACAGACGCAGAAGUGACGAAAGGUGUAAAUUACGCAUCUGGAUCAGCAGGAAUCCUAGUUGAAUCUGGAAAACACAUGGGUCAAAAUGUAGACAUGAAUCAACAGCUAAAAAACCAUGAAGUUACUAUUUCAAGGAUAGCCAAUAUACUUGGAAGUAAUGAAUUAGCGGCUCAGCAUUUGAACAAAUGCCUCUAUAUGUCUGUAAUUGGAAGUAAUGAUUACAUUAACAACUACUACAUGCCUAAAAUUUACAAAUCAAGCAUGAUUUACUCUCCAGCUCAAUUCGCGAACGUCCUAAUUAGACAAUAUUCUCAGCAAUUACGGCAAUUAUACAAUUAUGGAGCAAGGAAGGUGGGUGUGGCUUCAAUCUCUAAUAUAGGCUGCACACCAAAUGCAACUGCUUAUUAUGGCAGACGUGGCUCCAUAUGUGUAGACUAUAUGAACUUCGCAGCAAGCAUUUUCAACAGAAGGCUUACCUUGCUUGUCGCUCGACUUAAUCUUGAACUAAGAGAUGCAAAAUUUAUCCAAUUAGGUUCUCUAGGAUAUGUUUUUGGAACUAAAAUCCCUGGUCAUGCGGAUAUUAAACCCAGCUCAACGUGCUGCGACUUAGAUGAAUAUGGUUUUUGUAUUCCUAACAAAGAAGUAUGCCCGAACAGGCGCUUGUCCAUAUUCUGGGAUGGAUUUCAUCCUACCGAAAUUAUUUCCCGCAUUGCUGGAGCUGCAGAAUUCGUUGUUUUGCAGGCUAUCUUAUAACUUCGGGCGCAAUCUUCACAAGUUCAAUUACAUGCAUGAUAAAUUAGAUCACCAAGGACUCCCAUUUUUCUGCACUAGCUACAUAUGCUGUGUACGCAAGCCUAGCUUCACAUUCCCUAUCUUUAGCUUAGGAAAGAAAUAUAAUGAGAACAGAGUUGGAUGUCUGUUUACAAUUCACUGUUCCUGCAAUUGGAAUGAUUCUUUUCCCGGAAAUCCGAAAAGAAAACGUCUCCUCUUUUUUCUUUUUUAAUUACUUUGCUUUGUAAAUAAUCACAGUUCAACCAUGAACUGCAAUCAUACCCUUGGUAAUAGAAUUAAACAAGAGCCCAAUGUUUCUGUUGGGAUGAA